AGUGCUGGCGCGGACUUGGCGCCGGACGGACGUCUCUCUCCUGCGCCUCUCGCGCCCACAGGCGUGACACGUGACCGGCGCUCCUCGCGGGAGGGGGUGAGGAGAGGAGGGGGGGAAGGAGAAACAGACCGACGGGACAUACAAUGACAGCGGAUACCUGGUGUUCGACGAGGUGAAUUUUGCCCCGUUCGACUGGGUCGGGCGCUCUCCGCUUCGCGCAAGGGGCAGGGGUGUUGGGGGAGGGGAGGGGAGGUGGGCCGCGUGCCGAGUGUCAGGGGAUGUGACCCGCACGUGCUAGUGUGUCCGUGUGCCAAACGCCGGAUGUCCGGCCGUCCCCGAGUCGAGACAUGGAGAUCUCCUGCGUCGUGGCGCUCUCCCUGCUGUUCAUCCCCGGGGCGCUGCUGCUGCCGCCUGUCAUCAGGAUAGGCGCCAUCUUCACGGAGGACCAGAAGGACAGCAGCACGGAGCUGGCCUUCAAGUACGCCGUGUACCGCGUCAACAAGGACAAGCACCUGCUGCCCAACACGACGCUGGUGUACGACAUCCAGUACGUGCCGCGGGACGACAGCUUCCGCGCCUCCAAGAAAGCGUGCCGCCAGAUGGAGUUCGGCGUGCAGGCCAUGUUCGGGCCGUCGGACCCGCUGCUCGGCGCGCACGUGCAGUCCAUCUGCGAGGCGCUGGACGUGCCGCACGUGGAGGCGCGCGUGGACUUCGAGCCCGCCUUCAAGGAGUUCUCCAUCAACCUGCACCCCUCGCAGGAGCACAUCAACCGCGCCUUCAAGGACGUCAUGGGCUUCCUCAACUGGACCAAGGUGGCCAUCAUCUACGAGGAGGACUACGGACUGUUCAAGCUGCAGGACCUGGUGAAGCUGCCUCCCGCCGUGCGCAUGGACCUGUACAUCCGCCAGUCCAGUCCCGCCACGUACCGCCAGGUGCUGCGCGAGGUGCGCCAGAAGGACAUCUUCAAGCUCAUCGUGGACACCAACCCGCGCCACAUCCCGCAGUUCUUCCGGGCGAUAUUGCAGCUUCAGAUGAACGACUACAGAUAUCACUACAUGUUCACAACUUUCGACAUCGAGACGUUCGACCUGGAGGACUUCAAGUACAACUCGGUGAACAUGACGGCGUUCCGGCUGGUGGACGUGGACAGCCGCAAGGUGGCGGAUGCGCUGGAGCAGAUGGAGAAGUUCCAGCCCAUCGGCAGCGCCAUCCUCAACCGCAGCGGCGUCAUACAGGCGGAGCCGGCGCUGCUGUACGACUCGGUGUACGUGUUCGCGAGCGGGCUGGCCGCGCUGGACCGCAGCCACGUGCUGCGGCCCGCCAACCUGUCGUGCGGCCUGGAGAAGCCGUGGGACGACGGCCUCAGCCUCUACAACUACAUCAACUCCGCCACGCUGCACGGGCUGACGGGCCGCCUGCAGUUCAGCGAGGGCAAGCGCAGCAACUUCAAGCUGGACCUGCUGAAGCUGAAGAGGGAGUCCUUGCAGAAGGUGGGGCACUGGACGCCCGGGCGCGGCAUCAACAUCACCGACCCCGCCGCCUUCUACGAGACCAGCUCCACCAACAUCACUCUGGUGGUCAUGACCAGGGAGGAGAAGCCCUACGUGAUGGUGAAGGAGGACCGCAACCUGUCGGGCAACGCGCGCUACGAGGGCUUCUGCAUCGACCUGCUCAAGUGGAUCGCCGGCCAGGUGGGCUUCCACUACGUCAUCCGGCUGGUCCCCGACCACAUGUACGGCGUCUACGACCCGGAGACGCGCGAGUGGAACGGCAUCGUGCGCGAGCUCAUGGACAAGAGAGCAGACCUCGCUGUAGCUUCGAUGACCAUCAACUACGCCAGGGAGAGUGUCAUAGACUUCACAAAGCCCUUCAUGAACCUUGGGAUAGGGAUACUGUUCAAGGUGCCCACCAGCCAGCCCACGCGCCUCUUCUCCUUCAUGAACCCGCUGGCGGCGGAGAUCUGGGUGUACGUGCUGGCCGCCUACCUGCUGGUCAGCUUCACGCUGUUCGUGAUGGCGCGCUUCUCGCCCUACGAGUGGCACAAUCCGCACCCCUGCCUCGCCGAGUCGGACGUGGUGGAGAACCAGUUCUCCGUGUCCAACAGCUUCUGGUUCAUCACGGGCACCUUCCUGCGCCAGGGCUCGGGGCUUAACCCCAAGAGGUUCGCUGGUUGUCGGUCCAAGGUCUCGGAAAGCAUGCCGAGCCGGCUGUUCUCGUUCCUGAACCCGCUGGCGGCCGAGAUCUGGCUGUACAUGCUGGGCGCCUACCUGCUGGUGUCGCUCACCAUCUGGGUGGUGGCGCGCUUCUCGCCCUACGAGUGGUGUCCCCCCGGGCCCUGCCCCUCGGACCCCCUGGACCAGCCGGGGGCGGCGCUGCUCGUCGUCGAGAACGACUUCACGCUCGCCAACAGCUUCUGGUUCACCAUCGGCACGCUCAUGCAGCAGGGCUCCGACCUCAACCCCAAGGCGACGUCGACGCGCAUCGUGGGCGGCAUCUGGUGGUUCUUCACGCUCAUCAUCAUCUCGUCGUACACGGCCAACCUGGCCGCCUUCCUCACCGUCGAGCGCAUGAUCACGCCCAUCGAGAACGCGGCCGACCUGGCCGAGCAGACGGACAUCUCGUACGGCACGCUGGAGGGCGGCUCCACCAUGACCUUCUUCCGGGACUCGAAGAUCGGCAUCUACCAGAAGAUGUGGCGCUACAUGGAGAGCAAGAAGCCGUCCGUGUUCGUGUCCACGUACGAGGAGGGGGUGAAGCGGGUGCUGGAGGGAAACUACGCCUUCCUCAUGGAGUCCACGAUGCUGGACUACGAGGUGCAGCGCGACUGCAACCUCACGCAGAUCGGCGGCCUGCUGGACUCCAAGGGCUACGGCAUCGCCACGCCCAAAGGGUCGCCGUGGCGGGACAAGAUCUCGCUGGCCAUCCUGGAGCUGCAGGAGAAGGGCGUCAUCCAGAUCCUGUACGACAAGUGGUGGAAGAACACCGGCGACGUGUGCAACCGCGACGACAAGAGCAAGGAGUCCAAGGCCAACGCGCUCGGCGUGGAGAACAUCGGUGGAGUGUUUGUAGUUCUGCUGUGUGGCCUGGCAUUGGCUAUUCUGGUCGCCAUACUCGAAUUUUGUUGGAACUCCAAGAAGAACGCACAGACGGACCGGCAGUCGCUGUGCUCGGAGAUGGCGGAGGAGCUGAGGUUCGCGGUGAGGUGCCACGGCUCGCGCCAGAGGCCGGCGCUGCGCCGCUCCUGCACCCGCUGCUCCCCGGGGACCACCUACGUGCCGGCCGCCCUCGAGAUGCCUCACAUCAACGGCGAAACCGGGAUCCUACCAAUGAUCGAGAUGAAGAAAUCCUCUCUCAGCUACGACCCGGACACAUAGCAGAGCGCUGCUGUUCUCUUUGGAGAGCAAGACCAGCCCCGGUCAUCGAGGCAAGCGACAUUCGCAACGCGGACACGUUUCUGUGAUAAAGACUAGUCGGUAGUUCUGGACGGUCGGCGACGCCGGCUGCCGGAAACCAGCCGAGGCGAGGCCGCCUCGCUCACCCUGCGGGUCUCAGCGACACAGUUAGUGAGAGAACGAAAAAAACGAAGUGAAAUGUGCUGGGAACUAGAAAAACGUAUGGUGUGGUAGUGUGUGCAAUGCAAUGUUCUGUGAACACGGAAGUUUAGCGAGUUUAAAUGUUUUAUCACUGUUUCGGGAUGAAUGGACUAUACAAAAUUUGUUAUCUGUCCACGAUAUGAAGACAAAGUGGAAAAUAAGUUUGACACUGAAUAAAAAAAAUGUGUUUCUUAAAUAUGUUUGAUGUAAUUUGAAAACAUUUAUUCAUGAUAAAAAGUAAAAAAAAAAAAUCUUUAGGAAAUAUAAACAUUGGGAACAGACACGCUGUGCAAUUAAUACUCACACGUCAAGACUACUUACUAUCACAAUUCAAAUACAGUACAAUUUUACAUUCACAGUGCUCUUAUUUUGAUUCAUAUACAUACGGCCUAAAUAAAAUAUGUAUUUAUUGUAAAUAUGUUCUAGGUUUGUUACAAAGAGAAUAAAAAUUAAAUGGUCGUUUCAGAAAUUUA